GCGCUCGCCUGAAGAGGGUCCCCUCUAGCGGCCACAGGAAGGACGCUGGAACAAAACUCCGCUCCCUCCUCGGUCUGCGUCUGGAAAGCUCCGGUGACUUGCUCACUCCACCUGCCCUACAGAUUCCAGGCCCAUGACAUCCUGUCAUGAACAGUUUUACAAGCAAGUGCACCAGUGAGGCACAUCUGCCCAGUGCGCCAUUCACACCUGGGCUGCACCUUCUCUCAUCCUGGCUUCACAGGUGCUUAGAAGGACACGCAGUCAAGUUUUUCAUCAAACACAUGGAAUAUAUCACAGAACUUUGCUAAGAUGGACAACUCCAUGCAAAAAGACCAACACUCUGGCAAAAAAUAUUCCAGAAAGGCUGACAAAGUACAGAAAGGUUUUACUGCUGCGUAUCCAACACAAUCCUCCAUUCCUUUUAAAUAUCAGCCUUCCAGAAUUCCAGAAUCAGAAAAAAAAGGAUUUAAUAGUCAAGCCAAGAGGUUUUACCAUAAAAAGGAUGAUAUCCCAGGUCCUGGGUUCUACAACGUCAUUCACCAGUCGCCUGUGUUUGACAGUGUGUCGUUGUCUAAGAAAGGGACGUGUACUUUUCCCUCUCUGUGUGCCCGAUUGGACACCAUCGUCUCUAAAUACCCUGCAGCUAACGCGUACAGUAUACCAUCAGGUCUUGUUUCAAAGAAAGACUUCAGUAAUUCCUGUUCCAGCAUGUUCCAGUUGCCAAGCUUCGCGAAAGUUCUCAAAUUUGAAACUCCCGCACCAAACCAUUACAAUGAGGCUUUUUUCAGACCUGGAGAACAAUGGUUGAGUCAACUGGCGAGGAGCAGAAAUGCGGCCUCGGUCUCUUGCUGCAAACAGACAAACAACGUUUGUGCCCGAGCCGGGUUCGUGUCCAAAACCCAGAGAGGACUUUUCACUCUUACUAAAACAGGACCUGCCCCAGGGCAUUAUAAUGUCAACGAAUCCCUUGUGAAGCAGUCGCCAAAGAUAUUAAUGUCUUGUUUUAAAUCAAAAACUGGCCGUGGAUUAAAACUGACGUCGACAGGCCCAGGACCCGGUUAUUACAACACAAAAGGUCACACCGAAGUUCAAAAAAAGACUCUUAUGCCGAGAAACCCCAUCCUAAAUUUCUCUGCCCAGCCUUUGCCUCUGCCCCCGAAGCCGCCUCUUCCAGGCCCUGGGCAGUAUGAGAUCGUGAACUACAAGGGGCCCCCCAAGCACUUCAUCUCCAGUGCAUCCUUCGUGUCCAACACCAGCCGGUGGACAGUGGCGCCGUCCCAGCCAGGCCCGCCCGGCCCAGGUCAGAGGAUUGCUUUCAGUGAUUGUAAAAACCAAACCUGGAAUUGUUUGUCAUUCCUGGGCCAUCAAAUACCACUGAUUUAUAGGCUGUUUGCCAGACAGUUUACAGGGGUUAGAGUGGAUCUAGAAGACUUUUCAGCUUGCACUUUCAGAGUAUGAAAGGUGGGUUUUUGUGGGGUUUUUGAAUUUAUUUUUUUAAGGUGAAAGGGCUCUUACAGAUGAUCCAGGUCAGGGAUUUAUACCUGAGGACUAUGAAUGUUUCAAGAGACACAAAGCUGGGCUCCAGGGGGUCUGUGACCCUGAAAUUGUCUGCAGAUUAGGAGCACGCAGAUAUUAUUUUCUGGGGAAAAGAGCCAUAGCUUUUGUCUAAAACGUUCAUGUUCUUAAGAAUG